AUGGAUCGUAGUUGGAUGAAAGCUAAUCAUUUAGGUGCAGAAUACGAUAAAGGAAUGGAAGCAUUUUUUCAAUAUGCUCGUGAAAAACUUCCUAAUAAUAAUAAGUUUUAUUGUCCAUGUGUUAAUUGUUUGAAUAGAGAGCCGCCACUUUUAAUAGAUGAAAUACGAAAUCAUCUUGUUUGUGAGGGCAUUUGCCAAAGUUAUACCAAUUGGAUAUGGCAUGGUGAACCGUCAAACAAUAUGUCAUGUGUGUCGGAAAGGGAGGUAGUUGAUGUAGAUAUGGACAAUCGGCUAGAGGACAUGAUCAAUGAUAUGGACCCGAGUCUUUUCAGCAUGCUCAUAUGUACGAUACUUUGUGCAGUGACAAUGAAGAGUCAUUGUAUUCAGGAUGCACUAACUUAA